AUGUCCACCAAGAGCAUCCGGCAGCGCCAGCCGCCCGCAUCAGUCCCUGUCAUCGAGAAGCUCAAGGCGCAACGGACCAAGGCUCCCGCAGAGCAAACACUCCCCGACCCCACGCAGCACCCGGCCGGCCAAGUCAAACAUGGAGUCUUUGCACAAGCCAUGCGCAUGUGUCUCUUCGCAGCGUACUUCAACGGCAGCAUCAUAGCCAUCGCCAUUACGCAAUACAUCGGCCUCCCGCUGUAUUUCUACAGCAAAGACCUCUUCUACGCGUGGAUGGCCAUGACAAAGCAGCACUUUAGCAUCGUCGUCACCACCAUGACGUACUGGUGGGCGCCCGUCACGAUGCGCGUCAGUGGAGACGAGAGCGUGCGAGGACAAAUGAGGAAGAACAAGGACGGAAUGAUGGAAUGCGACUUUCCAGAGAGAAUGGUCCUCAUCUCGAACCACCAGAUCUACACUGACUGGGUCUACCUCUGGUGGAUAGGAUACAGCGCUUCCAUGCAUGGCCACCUCUACAUCAUCCUCAAGGAGUCGCUCAAAUACAUCCCCAUCCUCGGUUGGGGCAUGAUGCUAUAUGGCUUCAUCUUCCUCUCACGCAAAUGGUCCACGGAUAAGGAACGCUUCCAGCAUAGGUUGAGGAAGCUGAGCACCAGUCACAGUGGUCCACUAUCUGGCUCUAACGGUCUCGAUCCAAUGUGGUUGCUCAUCUUCCCUGAAGGCACAAACCUCAGCAAAAACGGUCGCGCUUCGAGCAACAAGUGGGCGGAGAAGAACCAGAUUGAAGAUCUGAGACAUGCAUUGCUGCCGCGAAGCACAGGCUUGUCUUUCUGCUUGCAGGAACUGCAAGGUUCUGUCGAUUAUCUGUACGACUGCACCAUGGCGUACGAAGGUGUCCCCGUCGGUCAGUAUGGCCAGGACCUCUUCACUCUGUACAGUACCUACUUCGAAGGCCGGCCGCCAAAGUCCGUGAACAUGUACUGGCGCCGCUUCGCCAUCGCCGAUAUACCUCUUCAUGACGAAAAGAUCUUCAGCGACUGGCUCCUUGCCCGGUGGCGCGAGAAGGACGAUCUACUUCAGUACUUCGUUGAGAACCAGCGUUUUCCAGCAGACCAAGGCGAAACACCCAGCGUGGAUGGUGGAGCCCCGCUAAAAGGUGCUGGCUGGAUCGAGACUGACGUCCGGCCGAAGCUUUGGUAUGAGUGGAUACAAAUCUUCGUCCCGACGGCUGCAUUGGCGCUGAUCGUCAAUGUUUUCAUGAAAAUUACAAACAUCGUAAUGAAGGUUACAAGGGUGAAGUCAUGA